AUGCUUGCUGACGGCGCUGAGAUGCUGCUCAUCUCUGCCAUCGUCUCUGCCCUGGGCCCCGAGCUUCGUUUGGGCCGAAUGGCCAGGGGCCUGCUGGUGUCGACCUCCUUUGCCGGCAUGCAGAUGGGAAACUUGCUCAGCGGGCCACUGAGCACCAGGUUUGGACGCCGACGAAUUUGCAUUCUUUCGCUCUGGCUCGUCAGCUUCUUCGGCCUCCUCUGUUCGGUUGUGCAGAGCAUCGGCCAGCUGUUCUUCUUGCAGCCACUUGCCUGGAAUGGUUCGCGAGGUGCACUCUUCCAAUCCCAACAAUUAUAA